AUGCACAGAAACGCUCUCAAAUCUCAUACCUUUUCUCACACUAGUUUCCAGUUCCACACUUCAUCUUCCCCAAUUCCCGUCGAUUCAAACAACCAAAUUCCGACGCUUCCAUUAUCGUCGCUUCAAUGUCGAGCUAUCCUACAGUCUCUUACCAACUCCAAAUCCUUAAAAACAGGCAAAGCUCUUCAUGCCCUUAUGUUAUCUUCUGGUAUUCUUCAUAAAAUCACUAAUUUAAGCACUAAACUUGCUGCAUUUUAUGCAAAUUGUGGAAAAAUGGCAGAAGCCCAGAUAAUUUUUGAUCAAAUUGAGUUUAAAUCUUCGUUUUUAUGGAAUUAUAUGAUUAGGGGUUAUACUGGAUGCGGGUUUUAUCUUAAAUCUGUGUUGUUUUAUCGUAAAAUGAUUAAUUUUGGUGUUCAACCUGAUAAUUUUACAUACCCUUUUGUAAUUAAGGCUUGUGGUGAUUCUUUGCUUGUUGGGUUUGGGAAGAUAAUUCAUGGUGAGGUUGUGAUUAGUGGGUUUGAGUCGGAUGUUUAUGUGAGCAAUUGUUUAUUGGCAAUGUACUCGAAAUUCGGGGAAAUGGGUAAGGCACGGUUAGUGUUCGAUAGAAUGUCUAAGAGAGAUUUGGCCUCCUGGAAUACUAUGAUCACUGGGUAUGCAAAGAAUGGUUACUCUAGAGAGGCCUUGUGUAUUUUUGUUUUGUUGCUUAGAUCUCGAUUAGUUCCUGAUUCGACUAGUUUGCUUGGUGUCCUUUCGGCUUGUUCUGAUAUGCAAAUGGUUGAGAAGGGAAAGGAAGUACAUGGCUAUGUUUUACGGAAUAGCUUUCUUAGUUCUAAUAGGUUUUUGACCAAUUCUCUUGUUGAGUUGUAUUGUAAAUGCAAGACAAUGUUGUACGCAAGGCGGUUGUUCGCUGUCUCAUCAAAGGAUUCUGUUACUUGGAAUACAAUGAUUUCAGGAUAUGUACAAAUUGGCAAGGGUUUUGAAGGUUUAAAACUUUUCUGCCAGAUGGUUUCUUAUGGUGAACAACCGGACUUAGCUACGAUCAUUGCUCUGCUGAGGGCUUGUGAACAGGUCACUGCCAUUGAUUUUGGCAUGUCUAUUCACUCUUAUCUUGUUCAGAAAGGGUUUGGUUGUAGCAUUAUGGCUGCAACUUCUCUUCUAGGUAUGUAUGCUCAAUGUGGUAGGCUGUCUUGUUCACAACGUGUUUUUGAUGAGAUAGCUGAGAAAUCUUUGGUUUCUUGGACUGCUAUGAUUUCAGCAUAUGGGCACCAUGGGAAGGGAAGGGAAGCUAUUUCAGUUUUUGACCAAAUGGUAGGAAAUGGCAUUGUUCCUGACGAGGGUGCUUUUACUUGUACAUUGACUGCGUGUAGCCACGCAGGACUUGUUGAGGAUGGGAGAGAAAUUUUUUAUCAAAUACAACAGAAGUAUGGCAUGAAGCCUGCACUAGCUCAUUAUGAAUGCUUGGUUGAUCUUCUUAGCAGAGCAGGACACUUAGAGGAAGCAUAUGAGAUCAUUAACAAUAUGGUAGUGGAACCGACAGAUGAUGUAUGGGUUUCUCUUCUCUCUGGUUGUAGGCUUCAUGGUAAUGUUACUCUAGCUGAGGUGUCUGCUCAGAAAGUUACGGAACAAAAUCCAAAUAGAGUAAGUAGCUACAUUUCUUUAUCACAUAUAUAUGCAGAUGAGAAACGGUGGGAUGAUGCAGAGAAGCUGCGAUUUAAAUUACAAAGUAAAGGACUGGCUAUGCCUAGAGGUUCUAGCUUCAUUGAGUAG